AUGACUAAUUGGUAUGAUGCUAAGACUGAAUGCACUACAGUCGUCUAUCAACAUUUAGCCACUAUUCAAAAUGAUGAUGAACGCUUGUAUUUAAAGUCCAAACUUCAGUCUCUUCAAGCUAAUUACUGGAUCGGCGCUUUUACGGAAAAUAGAGAGUGGAAAUGGAUUGACGGGGGUUCAACAAGCUUUGAUGGCAUGUGGGCUGAUAAAGAUGCGGCUAAUUUAUUGCAAAGUGAAAACUGUGUUCAGAUUUCUACUUCGGGAUAUCUGAGUGACAGGAACUGCCAAUCAUCAUUUGGUUAUAUUUGUAUGUCGUCAGCAAUCAAUCAGUGGUAUGAGUGCCGUGAAUACUUAGACAACUCAACAACAGUUGAAAGUGCUGAGUACUUUGUUCCACAAUUUGCUGACAUUCCAGUUACGGUUCAUUUUACAAUAAAUAACAAUUCGACUAUCGAACUGCUAAAAGGUGAAAAAGUCAAAUUUUUCUGUGAAGUCUCAGCAAUUCCAGAAGCAGUUGCUGUUAUAACAGGAAGUAACCUGAGUAGAAUUCUAGACCAACGGUCCAACAGUAGCCGGCUGGAACUGGUUCUUGAUGACGUACAGUGUACAGAUUCAGGUCGAUAUUUCUGUUGGGGAAGCAACGGGUUAGAGACCAACCUGCACGAAAUUUGGAAAUAUGUUGACAUUUUGAUGGAAUGUGCCCCUGCUGUGGUCGACAGUUCUCUGACCAUCCAGAUAUCAAAGAGCGGCAACACGACCAUCACACUGGAGAUAUUGGGCUAUCCUGAACCCACGGCCUACGGUCUGCAGAUACAGUUGGGCCAGUCCAUGUCCAACACUGACGACUAUAACGUCGUCUAUACUAAGCUGACACCCCCGUUUGGUUUAGUGACCUUGACCAUUUAUGACGAAAACAAACAGAUAUCUUUGACGUAUAUAUUCACUAUUCUGAACGUUGCUGGAAAUAGUACAAUCACUUUUGAUGUCGUUAAAAAAGAAUAUAAUGGUAUUCCAGUAACAAUAAGUUUUACAGUAAAUGAUAUGGUGUCAAUCGAACUGACAAAAGGUGAAAAGAUCAAAUUUUUCUGUGAAGUCGAAGCGAUUCCAGAAGCAGUUGCUGUUAUAACAGGAAGUAACCUGAGUAGAAUUCAAGACCAACGGUCCAACAGCAGCCGGCUGGAACUGGUUCUUGAUGAAGUGCAGUGUACCGAUUCAGGUCGAUAUUUCUGUUGGGGAAGCAACGGGUUCGAGACCAAUUCGCACGAAAUAUGGAAAUUUGUUGAUAUUUUGAUGGAAUGUGCCCCUGCUGUGGUCAACAGAUCUCUGACCAUCCAGAUACCAGAGAGCGGCAACACGACCAUCACACUGGAGAUAUUGGGCUAUCCUGAACCCACGGCCUACGGUCUACAGAUACAGUUGGGCCAGUCCAUGUCCAACACUGACGACUAUAACGUCUUCUAUACUAAGCUGACACCCCCGUUUGGUUUAGUUACCUUGACCAUUUAUGACGAGAACACACAGAUAUCUUUGACGUAUAUAUUCACUAUAAUGAACAGUGCUGGAAAUAUCACCUUCACAUUUGAUGUCGUUAAACAAGAUAUGAGUGAAAAGGUGAAUGAAGAUGUCACACAACUCCACGUCAUGGUCUAUGUUGGUGUCACCUGUGGUCUGCUGAUUUUACUGGUUACUUCUGUCAUCGUCGGAAGAGUUGUUGUCAAUAGGUGGUCGAGUCGUAGAGCUAAACACCAUGACUAUGGCAUUAGUGGAUCGAAUCUCCAUAGGGCAAGCUUAAAAAACAACCUAUCUGGUCCAGAUAAAGCAAACACUGCCACAACAACUGAACCACCUCUACAUACAGUUGAGACAGACGACAGCUACCACCAGAAAGUUCAAAUGGAAGACAGCUCUGGCGCUCUUGUAUUUUACUUUGAACCUCCACCUGAUUAUCCAUUGGAUUAA